UUUGUCCUACUUUCGGAGGAAGGACCUCCCCCAGAUGGAAAUUUCAUUACUGUGAACAGGUUUAUACUUCCCUCCACUGACUCUCUGAUUCAUUUUGAUUUUAGACAACAAAUAGUGAAGAAUUUCAGGUUUUAUUUUUCAUUCGAGCGAAAUUCUAACUAAUCAAAUCUCAACUACAACGAAGUGGAUUCGAACUUCAGUGCGAGAAGUGAGCACACUACUUUAACCAACUUCAGGAUGUCCAGCUGCAGUUCCUUCUUUCCAAAGCUUCCUAGUCAUCAGUUCCAAAAUUCCAACACCACAGCUGAGGUUCUUCAAAUCUAAGAAACCAGACGAGUUCCUGCUAAAUUAAUUCUUUUUAUGGAUACCCUUUUUGAAAGAUUUUAUGUUCCCAUGGAAAGAUUCACUGUUGGUCAUGGAUCUAAUCAAAAUCUUGGAAAUCACGGAUCCACCAAUCCAAUUUUUCUUCCAACAAACUUGGACCACAAUCCUAGUGAUUCGAGAUCUUCCCAGAUUCCUGUAAAUGGAUUCCAAGUGAACCAUGAACCCACCAAUACACUUUUCCUUCCGCCCAACCCAGACCAUCCAAGUGAAUCCGGGUUUUCGAGCUCGGGUUCGGAUGGAGAUACUUUUGAUAUUAGCGUUUGCAAUCAUCCUGUGCUCAAGUACAUAAGCGAUAUUCUUUUGGAAGAAGAUUUGGAGGGUAAGCCCUGCAUGUUGCAGGACUGCUUGGCCCUCCAAGCUGCUGAGAAAUCUUUCUAUGAUGUUCUUAAUCCGAAGGGUCGUUCGUCCAGCCAAUCCCCUCUUCCGGUGGACCGAAGCUUUGAGAACUCAGAUGAUGAUUUCACAGAGUGUUGCCAUAGUAGUAUUGGCUGUGUUGCUGCUAGGACAGACUCGGUUUCGGGUUCAGAAACCUCUCAUGUCCAAUCUUGUCCGGUUGAGUCUUCAUCGGAUGCCUACAACUCAACAUAUAGAUUGAAGUCAAAGAAAAAUCACCUGAGGGAGGAUGGCGAUUAUACGGAAGAAGGGAGAAGCAACAAACAGUCCGCUGCUUCUGCUGAUGGCCCCGAGCCACAAGAAAUGUUUGAUGAGGUUUUGCUCUAUAAGGAUGCGAGGCAUGCGUUUGAGUCUUGUUCUGAUGAUCAGUCUGUCAAAACUGAUGGAAGUGGGAAGUUGAAGUGCAACAAGCAACCAAAAGUUUCUAAAGCAGCACGAUCGAAGACAAAGAAUAAGAACAGGGAAUUAGUAGAUUUGUGCACAAUGCUGACUCAAUGCGCACAAGCUGUGGCAAGCUAUGACCAGCGAACUGCGAGUGAACUAAUCAAGAAGAUAAGGCAGCACACUUCUCCCUGUGGUGAGGCAACCGAGAGAUUAGCUUAUUACUUUGCUAACGCCCUAGAGGCGCGGUUGGCUGGCUCCAGAACCCCCUCAUAUUCUCCUCUUUUAAGCCCGCAGACACCAGCUACCGAAAUCUUAAAAGCUCACCAGGUGUAUAUUACUUCAUGCCCCUUCACGAAGAUGUUGUACUUCUUCGCCAAUAGAACAAUAAUGAAACUGGCGGAAAAUGCUACGAGGCUUCACAUUAUUGAUUUUGGUAUUUCUUAUGGUUUCCAAUGGCCAUGCCUGAUCCAACGCCUCUCCGAGAGAUGUGGUGGACCUCCUAAUCUUCGUAUCACAGCAAUUGAGCUCCCCCAACCAGGUUUUCGACCUACUGAAAGGGUUGAAGAGACAAUGCGUCGCUUAGAAAAAUAUGCUAAGAGAUUCGUUGUCCCAUUUGAGUAUAAUGUCAUUGCUCAGAAAUGGGAAACUAUCCGAUUUGAGGAUCUUAAAGUUGACAGGAGUGAGCUGACUGUUGUUAACUGUAUGCGCCGAUUAAGGCACAUACCUGAUGAAACAGUCGUGAUGAGCAGUCCGAGAGACACUGUCCUUAACUUGAUCAAGAAAAUAAAUCCAGACCUUUUCCUUCACGGACUUGUCAAUGGGACAUAUAAUUCGCCCUUCUUUGUCAAGCGGUUCAGAGAAGCACUCUUCCAUUACUCUUCGCUGUUUGAUAUGUUUGAGGCCACUAUUCCUCGCGAAGAUGAACACCGGCUGAUGUUUGAAGGAGCAAUAUAUGGUAGAGACAUAAUGAAUGUUGUAGCAUGCGAGGGGCUCGAACGAGUUGAAAGGCCGGAGACAUACAAGCAUUGGCAGGUUAGGUAUCAGCGGGCAGGGUUCAAGCAGGUGCCGCUAGACCAGGAGCUCAUGAGGAAAGUGAAAGCUAUGCUGAAGUUGAUGCGUUAUCACGACGAUUUUCGAAUAUAUGAAGAUGGCCACUGGAUGCUGCAGGGAUGGAAAGGAAGAAUUGUCAUGGCUCUUUGUGCUUUGAAACCUGCUUAGGAGUUUCACAAUGUGGUGCCCAAGAUUUGUAUUCUCUUUGAAUUAUUAAUAUAUCUUAUAGCUUCUUGUUCA